UGCAUACGCGAACGCCGCUCUCAGAAUAGCACUCGCUUUCAGCAGUAUUAUUUGACAAAUCGGUAAAGCGAGAAGAUAUUGUUAACUGUUGCAGUUCCAAAUCGUAUACGAUGCAGCUAAAAAGUGUUUCUCGUGUUUUUACUUUUAAUUCAAACUGUUUCAACAGAACGUUUUCCAUAGUUCCAACUCGCAACUAUGGAGUUCAAACUGCACCUGCUUCCGAAGGAAGUGAUCCAGAAUGGGAUAACGCAAAACCCUACGAAUCGAUUCCAAGAAUGACUCUCAUGGAAUCGGUGAAAAAUUUCUUUCCAGGAGGGCGUUACCACAAUGUCAGCAUCACGGAAAUGCAUCGUCUAUUUCAGGAAGAUUAUGGUGACCUGAUUCGAUUCCCUGGAAUUCUCGGACGGAAGGAUACAGUAAUGACUUACCGACCAGAUGAUUUUGAAAAGCUUUUUCGAACGGAAGGCACCUGGCCGAAUCGACGUGGAUUGGAUACUUUUGUGCACUAUCGGAAAAACGUUCGGCCGGAUGUGUUCAAAGGUGUAGGCGGAUUAGUGACCGAACAAGGAGAAAGCUGGCAAAAGUUUCGAACAAUCGUAAACCCCGUACUGUUGCAACCGAAGACUGUUCGUUUGUACGUUGACAAACUGGAUGAGGUUACUCGUGAGUUCAUGAACAUAAUGCUAAAGAUCCGCGACAACAAAAAUGAGAUGCCAGCUGAUUUCAACCAGUGGCUGAAUCGCUGGGCUUUGGAAGUCACUGGCGUAAUAUCUGUUGAUUCACGAUUGGGAGUUCUCGAUGCAGAGGAAUCGGAAGAAGCGAAAAGGAUUGUUAAGCUUACAAAAGAGUUGUUCGAACUUGUGUACCAACUGGACAUACGACCAUCCAUUUGGAUGUACUACAAAACUUCGAAAUACCAUCGCCUCAUGAAAGUUUUCGAUGAACUGACUGCCAUUGCCAUGGCAAAAGUAGACGAAGCCGUCGUAAGGUUGGAAAAGAAUCCUACUACAAACACCGAUGCCCAAAGCGUGUUGGAAAAAUUGCUCAAAAUUGAUCGAGAUGUAGCAAUUAUCAUGUCCUUCGAUAUGGUUCUUGCUGGAAUUGAUACGACAACUUCAGCCAUCAUUGGGAUUCUAUACUGCUUAGCUAAUCAUCCUGAGAAGCAGGCGAAACUGCGUGAAGAACUGAGAGGUAUUCUGCCAACGAAGAAUUCCUCAUUGACUCCAGACAACAUGUUAAAUCUGCCAUAUCUGCGUGCCUGCAUCAAAGAAGGAAUGCGAUUGUUUCCACCGAUCGGAGGGAACAUCCGAGCUGCUGGAAAGGAUAUCGUACUACAGGGCUACCGAAUUCCUAAAGGAACGGACGUAGCCAUGGGUUCCAUGGUUGCUCAACAGAGUGAUCGUUUCGUACCACGGGCAAAGGAGUUCCUUCCGGAGCGGUGGCUGAAGACCAAGGAACCCGGCUGUCCUCACGCCAAGGACGCCCAUCCUUUCGUGUAUCUACCGUUUGGAAAUGGGCCUCGGACCUGCGUAGGUCGAAGACUGGCCAUGAUGGAGAUGGAAAUUCUGAUUGCGAGAAUAACUCGGCUGUUUGAGUAUCGUUGGAAUUAUGGGGAUUUGAAUAUCCAAACGACGCUGGUGAACACUCCGGUGAAUGAUUUGAAGUUCCAGAUGAUGGAGGUUGAUAGUUAGUUGGGGCUGCUAAGGAUGUCAAUAAUUCUCCAUACUGUGGUACUGAAAUGAAUUACAGGGUGCAGUUUGCUCUAUAGCAUAAUAUUUUUUAUCAAUAAAUUU